CUUGGGACGAGUAUCAGCUUGACGAGCGCGCAUAAUAGACUGUCAAGACGCAAAGACAUGCUAGGAGGACCCUCGUUGCUUCCUCGUGCCCGUCGUGGCGCUCUUCAAAAUGCCCAGCAAGCGGUGAAGAAUGGAUUCCCGCGGCGAUCGUAUUCGAUUCGAGUUUUGCCAAAAGCCUCUGGAUCACUACUUGUCGUACAGGGAGCGACAUCAGCCUCGCAGGGGUCAAAGUCUGAACUUAGUGUAUCUAUGGUCCGAGCAAUCCAUUCUACCAGCAGUUCUCGACAUGAACACCUCACACGGCCCGAACCCGGAACGGGCAUCAAGUUGACAUUCCGCGACUCGAAAGGGAACGAUAUCAAAACGAUCGAAGCGAAUGAAGGGGACGACGUCUUAUCAUUGGCUCAUGAACACGACGUGGAUCUCGAGGGUGCCUGUGAACGCUCAGUAGCGUGCUCAACUUGCCAUGUGAUCUUAUCACCUGAGCACUAUGACAUGUUACCAGAGCCGGAUGAUGAGGAGAACGACAUGUUGGAUUUGGCGUUUGGCCUCGAAGACACAUCUCGUCUCGGUUGUCAAGUGAUCAUGAAGAGAGAGUUGGAUGGGAUGGUGGCCACCCUGCCAUCAGCAACGAGGAAUAUGUAUGUAGACGGGGCGAAGGCAAAGACGCAUUAGGGAGAUCCCAUGUAUACCUGAAC